CAGGUGUACCUAAGAACGUGGCCGGUGAGUGUCCACUGUCCUCAAGUAUGUUCAGCAGUAGUUGGCAGGGGGCAGCAGCGAGCUUUCCGGACUGAAACUUGCAAUAAGGCAAAAAAGAACCCGACGCUGACGUUCCUCCUCUUAGCAGUGCAUGAUGGUCCGUGUACCGGUGUUACGUGCUGCUGUGAGUCCUGCUGUUUACUCCCCGGUUCCCCUAGUGUUAUUGUGAUUAUGACGAAGAGAGACACCGGCCGCGGUGUUUUACACGACAGGUAGCUAGCCUCCUGGAAGGCACGUCCCAAUGCCAUGGCCUCCAGCCACAGCUCCUCCCCAGUGCCUCGUCCCAGCAGUGGAGGCCGAGAUGGGGUCUAUCAUAAGGAGCAGGAUCUUUCCCCACCUCGCUGCCGGACUAUCUGCUCCCUGCCUGAUGUCUGCCCCAAGGAACCUACUGGUGAGGGGCGAGGCCUGUGUAAUGGACCAUCUGUGGUGGCGGAGCAUGACCGGUGGACGGUGUACAGCUCAAAGGUCAACCUCCCAGCCGCACUGAAUGACCCUCGCCUCGCGAAAAGGGAAUCUGACUUUUUCACUAAAACAUGGGGGCUGGAUUUCACCGAGACGGAGGUAAUGCCCUCGUUCUGCCUCCCCAACAUCACAAAGGAGCACUUUGGGCCCUACCUGCAGGAAAUGGCUCAGAGGGAACGAAUCCAUGAACGCUGCAAGAUGAUCUGUCCUAACAAAGACGAUGUGGACGCUGUGUCCAGUGUCACCACCAACCACGAUAAAUCCAGAGCUGAGCUGGAGCAAGUCCCAAAGAUUUUCAUGAAGCCUGACUUUGCUCUUGAGGACCCAGCUACCUUCAACAUGGUUCUUCCCUGGUCACACUUUAACAGCGCCGGCGGGAAGAGCAGCAGAGAUGUAGCUUCCUCCAAACUGCUCCAGGAAAAGCUCAGUCACUACCUGGAUGUGGUGGAGGUGAGCAUUGCUCGACAGAUCUCGCUGCGUUCCGAAGCUUUUUUCCACGCCAUGUCCUCGCAGCAUGAGCUGCAGGACCAGCUGCAGGAGACGCAGCAGGCCGUGGCUGUCCUGCGGGGCCGCACGGUCGCCAUGGACCGGGUCAUGUGCCAGGGGCCUCUCCAGGCUCUCCGCACCGCUCUGACUCGCAACAACUGCGUGAAGCUGCACAACAAGCUCAAGCUGAUGGCUGCGGUGCAUCAGACGCAGCCCACUGUGCAGCUGCUGCUCUCCACCUCUGAGUUUGUUGGAGCGCUGGAACUCAUCGCCACCACCAAGGAGGUACUCCAGCAAGAGCUGCAGGGAAUACAUAGCUUCAGACAUCUGGGCUCCCAGCUGUGCGAGCUAGAGAAGCUGAUCGAUAAGAUGAUGGUGGAGGAUUUCAGCAUGUACACCCGCAGUGACCUGAACCGAAGCCUGAGAGAUGAGCCACAGGUCCUGGAGAAGGAGCGUCUGGAGUCGCUGGUGUUCGGUCUGCUGCGGCAGCGGAAGCUGGACUUUCUGGACAUUUACAGCGAUGAGAUGAUCAUAGCCGCCAAAGCAAUCGUCUCUCAGUGUGUGGCAGAUAGUGUUGUGCAGAUUGAAGAAAUUGAUACCGAAGUCAUCGUUAAGCUAGCUGAUCAGAUGCGUCUGAUGACGUUCCCUCAGUGGUUUGAGCUGCUGAAAAAUGUCUUUGAGAACUUCCUUUUCUUUCUGCAAAGAAUCAAGGCCACCAUGAAUGUGAUCAGAAAUGUGGUUCUGGAGGUUCUUGACUCAAACCAGAAGAACCAACUCCUGAAUGACUCGUGUUCAGAGCGAUCUGGCCCAGAGGCUUCUCAGGUCCCAUCGCUCCUGCAGGGGGAGGCUGAGCUGGCCUACCUCACCCAUGAAGGUCUGUUCAUCACUGAUGCUUUGAACGAGGCCCAGCAGCAGGCAGCGCUGGCAGCCCAGGACCAGAGCUCUGCAGCAGGCUUCAGGAGCCAGCAGGGCCAGGUGGAGACUGCAAGUAGUGACCCUGGGAACACAGAAAUGUCUGCCAGCAGAGAGCAGAGCUUCAUGCCCAGUGAGAACAUGAUGCCUGCUGACUUUGAGCUGAACCUUGUGAUAAGUAGCAUCCAGGAGCUGAUGUACACUGCUUCAGACAUCAGCCAUGACCGCUGUGUGAAAGUCCUGACAGCCAGAGCCAAGGACGGAUCUCUGGAGCGUCUGAGCUCUGCGGAGUUUGUUUGUCUGUCACAGGCGGUGGAGGGAUUCGCCAGGGACACAGAGGAGCUGUGCGGCAGGCGAAGUGUUUCCCUGAGGGGGGCGCUGCAGAGCCAGGCCAACCGCUUUGUCCACCGCUUCCAUGAGGAACGCAAGACCAAACUCAGCCUGCUGCUGGAUAAUGAACGCUGGAAGCAGGCAGAGGUUCCUGCUGAAUUCCAGAAUCUGGUGAACUCCAUUGCUGAUGGAAGAAUAUCCCUACCAGAGCGCAAAACCCCAGGUCCAGAUGACAGGAAACCCACAGAGUUUCUGCUCAUCAAUGGGCAGAAAUACGCAGUUGUUGGGACGGUUCUGCUGCUCAUCCGGAUCUUUCUGGAAUACUGUCAGUGUGUCAACGACAUCCCAUCCAUUGCCACUGACAUGCUGACACGUCUGUCAGACCUCUUCAAGCACUUCAACUCUCGGAGCUGCCAGCUGGUUCUGGGAGCCGGAGCUCUGCAGGUCGUUGGCCUCAAGACCAUCACCACCAAAAACCUCGCAUUAGCUUCACGCUGUCUGCAGCUGGUGGUUCACUACAUUCCCAUCAUCAGAGCUCAUUUCGAGACCAAACUACAGCCCAAACAGUUCAGCGUCCUCAGACACUUUGACCACAUCACCAAGGACUACAAUGAUCACAUAGCAGAGAUCUCUGCUAAGCUGGUGGCUAUCAUGGACAGUCUGUUUGAGAAGGUUCUGUCAAAGUAUGAAGUGAAGGCGCCGAUGCCCUCAACCUGCUUCAGAAACAUCUGUAAGCAGAUGGCAAAGAUGCACGAAGCCAUUUAUGACCUUUUACCUGAAGAGCAGACGCAGAUGUUGUUUCUGAGGAUCAAUGCCAGUUUCAAAAUGCACCUAAAGAGGCAGCUGGCUCGACUUGGGGUCAUUAACGACGGAGGACCACAGCAUGGGCUGGUGGUGGUAGACGUGGCGUUCUACACGGAGAACAUCCAAGGGCUGAAGAGCCUCGAGAGACUGGACCUGAACAUGGCUGAGGUCUGGGAGCAGAAGAGGUGAUGGGGGACGGAGUCUGGAUGUCCAGAACUGACCUUACCCCGUGAUUAAUGGAGCCCGACCUCGGGGCCAAUGGUGGGCCGGCUGAGGCUGGAGGAGGCCCAGAGGGACCAAAAAAUGCAAAACUGGGAGAAGAAAAGCAGCAUACCAGUGCUUCAAAGACUUUAUCAAGAAACACACAGAGUCUGGUUAAAAACUGCUACCACUUCAUCUCACUGUGUGCAAUUCAAAAGAAAAUACUAGUAAAUUAUUACUGUUUUAGUGGGAAAGCAGGCUGUGGCUAAUGGGGAAGAAAUGUGUGGGUAAUUUAUUUUCCUCUCUCCUUGAAACACUUCUGUACGCUGUCAGGCUUUGUCCUCCAGCAGUUGUUGAAGCUGAAGGAAUUUUUAUCAUCACUGAAAGCUCAGUAAACACCUUCCUGAAUACCUGGACAGGUGAAGAUUUAGAUGUCAGGGAGACGUUUUCCUUCUUUCUGCACUAAAGAAACAGGGUUCCUGCUCCAUGUCAACACUUUCCCAAAACUCUGUGAUCAGCUGCUUGGGUUUUAUUCACUUAAAUUUUUAUACUCCAAAAAAUAAUAGUAAUGUUUCAGUUGAGCAUGAGCGGAGAGAGGGAUGCAACCUCAGAAUGCAGAAUGAAAAGGUUCACAUCCUGUUGUCUCCAAAGUAAAAAGAUUGAACUUCCCCCUUAAAACAGCUUAGUCAUGCAUUUCUCUUCAACUGAGUCAGAUCCCAGUCACUGUGAUGAUCAACAGAUGAGGUUCUUAAAUGUUUGUUGUAAAUUGUGCAGAGGAGUUUGCAGAAUAUGAAGCAUGAAUAUCGCGGGUAACUUUUUCUAUCUCUUAAUCAUGCAUGAGCCUUUAAGGCUGAAAUGACAGGAUGGAACACGAAAAUCUCAUAAUUUUACAGGAUAAGAAGGAAUUCUGAAUGAUGCUUUAUAGGUUUGCAUAUUCACGAAGCCCCCUCCCCAGAUUUUCUCUUCCUAACUGAAGUUCAGGUCCAGCCCCACAAAGCAAAGCAUGUAAGAACAUGUGAGAACACUACAGGCUGUUGCAAACCUUUUCACUCCCAAAUACUACUCUCCCUCUCCUGGUUGGUUUUGACAGCCUUUGUCAGCUGUCUGUUUCCAAUUGUUUCUAAUCGUCUUUGUUAUGAAAGCAAUGAGAUGCAGUAAUUUGUCAUCCUGAAAUGAUUAGCACGUGCAGCCACAGUCAUUCUUAACUCCCACAGACAUAUGUGAUGUACAUAAUGGUGACAAGCACAGUUGGAUUAACGUGAAGUGACUGCAGCUGUCGGUGUCAGACUCACCAGAGAACGGAAGCAUUAACAAUCAUCACUGUCGGCUUCAGAAGUGCCUACUUUGGAUCGACUAUCAGAGACGACACAUCUGAGCUCUCCACUACAGCGUGCCUACCAUCCCUGUGUGUGUGUGUGUGUGUGUGUGUGUUUGAGAGCGCGAGUGUGUUUUUUGGGUUUGGAUGAGCAUGUGUGUAUGAGUCCAAAUGAUUUUGUUUCCUUCAAACCUGCUGUGAAUAAAACAGGAUGAUGGAGCGACA